AUGUGCUCCUACGAGGGCUUCCGACUGACGGCGCCGUCGGAGGUCUCGGUGCGCAGCAAGGCCAGGAUCGACGCCCUGUUCGAGGACACGCGCUCCGUGUGCAGCAGCACGACCUCCUUCGCGCCCUGGUGCCCCGCGGCUGACGCGGCCAGACGCAACGGCGGCGACGAUCACGGCGACCAGCGGCGAGUCAACAGCGCCGUGCAGGCACGAAUCGAGGCCAUGUUCGCCUCGGUCGAGGCCGAGAACUCCGCCACCGGCGAGUGCUCCGCGGCUGUGCUUCCGGUACAGUACUUGGGCGCGGCGCCUGUCGGAGGCCGAGUCGCAUCGGUGCGCGGCCUCCAGGAGCCUCUGCGCCAGCUGAUCGAGCGCAUGACCGAGGCCGCCGUCAACGCCGUGCUCGAGGUGUCGCGACGCGGCCUGACCUUUCGCACCGACGACCUUCACGAGAAGUGCAAUCCGUUUCGGCGCAUCGCCGUCUGGAGCGCGCUCAAGCUCCACACGAAGGUCCGACGCGGCUCCGACUCGAAGGCCAACGAUUAUCUACACGCAUUCGUGCCCCUGGUGGCCGACGAUCGAACCACGUCCGGUUCCCAUCCAGCCUCGACCAUCACUAAUUCCGCUGGACUGGACGAUCGACACGCCGAUCUUUAUCGCACGAUGCGCGGCCUGUCCAACGACCCGGAGGACUAUCCGCCGAUAUUCGCGGUGGUGAUGCGUCGCCCGGGCGCCGCGCGCCUGCUCGAGUGUCACGCCUUCGCCUGUCGCUGCGACGAGGACGCGAUCGCCGCCGCGGCCACGCUCUAUCGCGCGCUGCUGGCCGAUCUCGACGCCACCGCGCGACGGCCCCGACAGAGAAACGGCCUGGGCUGCGCCAGUCUGGCCUCGGUCGUGUCGAGCACGACGAGGGACGACACCAGUCCGACGCACGGCUCGUCGUCCUGCGCCGCCGGCGACUACUGUCCGAACGUCAGGCAUCGAAAGCAGCAGCAAGAACAGCAGCAGCUGCAGCAACCGGUCAGACCUCCGAGGAUAAAGAAGAACUCGGUGAGCAGCACGAAUACCGAGGACGAGAGCAGAUCGACGACGACGACGAGCUCGAGCGUCGCGCCGUUGAAUAGACGCAAGAUGAAGCGCGAGACCGGCAUCAGAGCCGAGGACGUGCUGCAGGCGCAGAAUCGACGGAUAUGCUCGCCACCGAGAGAAUCGAAGACGGUGGACGCCGAUGCGGCGCCGAUCGACAGGAGAAGAGCCGCGAGCAACAACAUGGCCAGUUCGGAUACAACCAAGUUGGAGGCGAGAAACGCGGAGAGACGUAAAAACGCCAAAAACAAGUCGUACACCCAGCAGCUGCAGCAACAGCCCGCGAUCGAGAAGCUCUACAGCCACGACGAGGCCACGACCAGCAGCAGCUCUCAAACGCCGCGCCACUCGCAGCCGAAAUUAUCGAGCAACAGCGCCUCGUCGUCGGCGCCCAGUCCCGAUCACGAGCGCAGCGGCUCGUUCGAGUUCGAGUGCUGCACCGACAACUCGAUCUACGACGGCGCGACGAUUUACGGAAAGUCGAGAACAACGACUGCACCACGGGCUGGAGGAGCGGCGAACGGCGGAGACAAGAGGGCGACGACGACGACGACGACGAGGCUGCCGCCGAUCAACGGUGGCGGCGUGAACUCGGCGCGAAAAAUCACGACGAGCAACGGAUCCACCGCGUCGUCGAGAGUGAAGAGGCCGGGCGUACCGCCGCCCGAUGUACCGAGCAACAACACGGAGCGUCGGAGGCGAAGGCAGCAGCGCGACUACUUCCGAGACGCCGAUAAGAUACAGAGCCUGGGGUCGAGCCUCGUGGAGUGUCCGGAAGAUGGGAGACAAGCAAGUUGCGACGGAUCGUCAUCGACGCACUCCCGACGCCUCAACCGCGUCAAUACCCUCGACCGGCCGAUCCGCCAGGACAGCAGUAGCAGCGAGCGAGCAUCGGCUUCCGUGCAGCAGCAGCAGCAACAACGUCGACGUAGUCGCGCCGGAAGCGAGCCACCAGCCGCGGGUCGAACGACGGACCUCGUCGUCUCGUCGUCGUCGUCGUCCGCCACGACCAAAGCACUGCUCAAACGAUCCCAGAGCGACGCCGAGAUCCUCGUGGACAAGGGCGACCUGAUGACCAGAGUGGAGCUGCCGAGGCGAGGAAGCUUCCUCAAACCCGGAAGCGUGCGCGGCAACAGGGACGGCCUCGAGGGCGGUGGCUCGGGCACGCCGCUGGGCUUCACCGAGCUCUUCGACGAGUUUCGCAAUCAGGAGGGACUGACCAGCGUCGACGAUAUUUUAGCGACGAUAAUCGAUCCGGAAGGCAUGUCGUUCAACGACCUCAAGCCGCUCUACAAGGAGUUCCUGCUGAAACUCGCGGCCACCCUGACCCAGGACGAGCUGUACCAGCGCUCGGCCAGCAUAAUGCGUCGCCGACGUCGUCCCCAGCGGCGUCGAUCGAGCCGUCGCAGCGGCGCCGGUGGCAAGGCCUGCCUGAUCAGGCGCGCCAUCAAGCGAUCGGUGUCACGGCUGCGCAGCAGCAGCAGCGCCCCGACCGAGUUCACCUCGGUCCUGUAUCCGGCGCGCAAGCUCGGUGGCGAGCGCGGCGGCGGCAGCUUCGCGGGCAGCACCGCGUCCUCCUGCGAGCGCAAUCAUCAUCAUCAUCGACACAAGAGCAACGCGAUCAACCCCAGCCGCGUCCUGUCCAGCAAGAUCGUCGGCGGCGGCAACAACAAGAACAAGAGAUCGAGAAACAAGAGCAGCCGAGCGAUCGGCCAGCACACCACCUCGGAAGACAGCGACACGGGCCGACGACCAAACGGACGCAACGGUGGUGGAGGCGGUUUGACCACGGCCAAUCGCAGCAGCAGCGGCUACGUGAGCUGCAGCGAGUGCAGCUACAAUUCCGAGUCGUGCACCUGCAUCUCGGCCGACAAGUGUUACUGCUCGCUGCCGCGCCGAGCCAUGACUCCGCCGUCGCCACCGUCCUCCCAUUUGAGACUGGCCGUCGAUCGUCGCCUCGCGGAUCUCGCCGCGCCCUGCGCCUGCGACACCGACAGCUGCUCCGAGAGCUACAAGUGCUACUGCGCCCGGAUGCCCAGCAACAGUCAUCAGCAUCAUCAUCAGCAUAAUAAUCAUCGUGGUCACCACCAGCCGAGUAUCCUGGAGCAGCUGAGGCAGAAGGGAAUCGUGCCCGCGGAGAGCACGCUGAGCAGACACGGCAGCACCGAGCGCGAGAAGAAGAGCAGGAGGCACAGCAAGAAUUUGACCACGUCCAAGAGUUUGGAGUAUCUGAAGGUGAGUUGAGAGAUGCGGCGCAGGAGUCAUAUUCAUUUCAUAAUUGAUCUAAAUUCCAAACAGGUACGAAGCAGUUCCGACAAUCUGGCGCUCGAUUACGACCUGUUCUCGCCUUAUCGUCGCACCAAGAGCCGCGACCAAGAAAACUCGUCAUCGCGUGCUGGUAAUAAUCGUCGACGUCGCUCGUCGCGCUGCUCCUCGACCUCGGGCAGCGAGAAGGUCCUCGUGGUGAGCGCGCGCGAUCCCCAGGGUCGGCUCAUUUACGUGGGUGGCGAUCAUCAGCAUCAACACUCGGCGACGGGCGGCGGCAAACAUCGAGGUGGUGGCGGUGGAGGCGGCGACUCGAAGAAGCACAGCAGGAGCGUCACAGCCGAUCGCCAUCACCACGAGGCCCUGUCGAUCAAGAAGAGCGCUGAGAUCGCCGCGGUCUUCAACGAGCCGCCGAGCAACAAGUUGUUGGGUCGACGUGCCAGCAGCACGUCGAGCUUGAGGAGUUCUGUCAGUCUGGAGGCUGGUUUGGGCUACUUGCCUUGA